GAAGGUAAACCCACUCACUGCGCGGUCUUCGUUUCACAAAUGAAAAAAUUAGCCAUUUUGUCAAAGAAGUACGCAGUGGAAGUUGCGAUGUGUGUAUCAAUAAAAUAACAGUUCUGUGGAAAUUGGUUAUCGAUUAAUUUGUGGGAAAUCGUUUGGUGAAAGCUUGGUGCGUGCAAGCAAACCGGAAUUGGUCGGAGAAAAGCUAAAAGUGAGGUUUUAAGGAGCGUUUUGUUAUUCGGUCCCAAGGAAUACGAAAUCAAAAUUGGUGGAAAGGGCCUGCGGAAGGCUUCCGAACAGAAAAAAAAUUGCCGUCGGUCGAAAAGAUUCAUAGAAGCGGCCUUAGAUUAAUGGAUCAAACGCAUUAAUACUAUUAUCAUAAGAUAGCUGAACUCCACGGAGGCCCAUUUUACGUGAAUUGCAGUCACUACAGCAAAAUGCGUGAAAACUCGGAAGACGUCAGCCCUCAGGUGUGGAAGGAGUGGAUUCUUGAAGCAAUACGACGCAUUCGUUGCCAGAAGCAGCGUCCUAGCGUUCAGAGGAUCUGCCAAGCAAUUGGUAGCCACCAUAAAUUCCAUGAGGACAUUGUGGCAGAAAAGCUCGAGGAAGCCGUUGAAGCUGGAUCAGUGCUUAAAGUGUAUAACAAAGGACUACAUUCGUAUAAGGCCCCCACGAACACCCAGAGACGCGUAUUGCUGGUCACGAAUGACAGUGACUUGUCAAGACUAGUGGUAAAAGCCGUGCGGGACCUUGGAGAAUGCGAUGGAUCAAGUUUGAAGUCAAUCGAAAACUAUGUUCAGCAGACAAACAAUUUGAACAUAAGUAGCGGAACGGAUUUCGGCUUAGUGAUAAAAAACUCAAUCCGUAUAGCAUCGGAGGAAGGAAGUCUUCUGCAGGAAGCUAAACUGUACAAACUGGGAAGCUUGGAUAAACCUUUGAUUAGAAGAAAAUCGUCCUCACCGAAGAAAAAGGACAAAAUUUUGAAUGAAGCGUCGACUAAGAAAACAACUAACAUCGUCUGCGUCGAAUGUCUCGGUACAGAAGCAAAAGGCCCUUCUGGACUGCCAGAGCCUUUAAGUUCGUGUAAUGGUUGUGGUAUGUCGUUGCAUAAUAAGUGCGCAAAUGGGGAUGAUACUACCGUACCAUUGGCUGCGUUGGUGAAAAAAGGCAAUAAAUGGUACUGUGAGGAAUGCAAAUCAUGUGAUGCUUGUUCGACGCAAAACGAAAAAGGACCCUGUGUACUUAGUUGUAAUUACUGCUUGAAGAAUUUUCAUUUCUCAUGCAUGGACCCCGCCAUCGUCGAUUCUAAAAAGCUCAAAUCUGUUUGGAGGUGUUCUUCUUGCAUGGCUCUGUACAGUCAGAAUAUUAAAUCGGAAAUGGAAAGCACACCUCAGCCAAAAAAGCGACAUGAAACAGACAGAGAAGAAAAGAAGAAGAAGAGAUCGUUGCAUGAGACUCCAUCGAUGCUCAGGAAUAUGACGUCGCCUGUGCAAGGAAGCUCUAGUGCUUCAGUGAAAACACCGAAAGCGUGCUCUUCGUCUAAAAAUAACAAUCAACGUCGUAUCAAACAACAGCAGUCCCAGCUAUCAUCGCCAGAGCCUGCGGAACGGAUCGAGAAAUUGCCCGGUAAACAUUUCAAUAAAUUUACUUCUACUAUUGUACCAAACCCGAUGAUGAUGACGGCGAUAUCCAGAACUACUGGUAUCAAUGACAACAAUUUGUUCUUAAAUCCAACUACAAGCUUGUUUUACCGCGAGCAGACAGUUUUGCCACUGUCGUCGUCAGACAAGCAUCGUAUGUCAUGCGAAAAGCAGUCCAAAUCUCGUUUUUCUGCUUUGAAUAAUAAAAAAGCAAAACCUAAAGCUAGGCCUGACGCUGAAAGAAUGCAAAGUGAUGCACAAUUUACGAAACAAGUGAACGAACCAUUUCACUAUACAGACACUAGCAGUGCGAGCGAUGAAGAUGUCGCUAAACGAUUUAAAUAUAGACAUAGUCGGGGAAAAGAAUCGUCGAAAGUCUAUGAUGCUAACUGUCGUGCCGUUCAUUUGUCUGAAUCGUCAUCUGAAUCGAGUAGCAGUAAUAAUGAAUUACACAACUACACGACGAGUGACAGUUGUAGUUCCAGUUCAGACAGUACUAAUGAUUCUGAAGACAGUGAAAGUUCUGAAACUGAAGAACCAACCGUAGUGAAAGGUACUAAAAAUGGUGAUAGCAGCCAACAUUUUUGGCCAGGCAUCAAUAGUCAGCUUGGAUUACUAUCUGUAGCGCCACAAAUUGGCAUUCAUAAUCAGAAAACUGCUAUGCCAUUUGUUGGCAGUACAAUGAAUGCCAGUGAGUCAUGGGGAUUCGCCGCCGAAGCUAAAAAAAAUAUUGACAUUUUUAGACAAACAACAAACCCGGCAAUAACGAAAAGUGAUAGCAAACCAUCAGGUGUAAUAUUCAAAAAAGUUGAACAACCUGCCAAGCAAGAGAAAGAUAAAGUGAAGACAACUGACAAUUUAAUGCAAUCCCCUAAUAAUACCGUUCGUUCAGCUGAGAAGAAAAAUAGCUUACAAAGCACUUCGACGAGUGACCCUAGGUCAAAUAAAAAGCUGUCUAAAGAGUCCAAAGCUAUCCACGGGAGCUACGAUCAGCGCCUUAUGAUAAAGCGGAAACAAAUCGAGUCCACUGCAAAGCAUGACAAUAAAAAAGGUUCGGAAGCCUGCAGUAAAAAUACUAUUCUAAGUCGUUGCUUCUCUUCCUUGAGGCACAAUCAGCAGGUUUCUAAAGAAAACUACAACCUAUUUAUGAGCUCGAUCGGAGAAGAAGGAAUGCCUGAAAGGUUAUCUCCGAGCAAACUGGUGAAAAAAGCCAUCAAUGAGAAACACUUUGAACAGCAACAGAAAUCUCGCCUAACCAGCAACGAUCCGCAGAUCCUAAAAAUGUACAACACUACAAAAGCACACAGUUGUUCUAGUCUCUCUGGUAGUAGUAGUAGUAAUGUUGUUUUGCCUAAACCAACGUUUAGUAGUAAUUCCGUCGCAUCCAACAAUAGUGAAUACAAUGCUGUUCCGGCUGGAAGAGUUAAUGCAUCUGGCUCAUUACACCAUCUGCCGCAACACAGCAUAUCUCCCUCUAGAAUGGAACAACCUCCGUUGCCCAAUGGAGUUACACAAAAAGACGCUGAUCUUUACAAGCAAGUGCGCAACCAGGCUGCCAACUCACUGGCAGAGAUGAUGCGUCUCGAUGCCAAAGUUUUCACGAAGGAUGUCACUCCCGAGCCCAACACGUCGCCAUCAAAGAAAGCGGCCCUCGCCGCUGCACUGCAAUCGCCUUCCAAGUUUAUGGCCGCCCAGGAAAGAUGCCCAGCUGCGAUAGAAUUCGGAAAAUAUGAAAUCCAAACUUGGUAUUCUAGUCCAUUUCCUCAGGAAUACGCUAGAUUGCCAAAGCUAUUCCUAUGCGAGUUUUGUUUAAAAUACACCAAGAGCAAGGCCGUUCUGCAGCGACACCAAGACAAAUGCUCGUGGCGACAUCCACCGGGAACUGAAAUCUACCGCUGCAACGAUAUUUCCAUCUUUGAAGUGGACGGUAAUUCCAACAAAAUAUAUUGCCAGAACCUGUGUUUGUUAGCGAAGCUGUUUUUAGAUCAUAAGACACUGUACUAUGACGUAGAACCUUUUCUUUUCUACGUUCUUACUAAAUAUGACCGCAAAGGGUAUCACCUAGUAGGAUACUUUUCUAAAGAGAAACAUUGUCAGCAAAAGUACAACGUAUCAUGUAUAAUGACAAUGCCACAGUAUCAACGGCAAGGUUUUGGUCGAUUUUUGAUUGAUUUCAGUUAUUUGUUAAGUCGCGAAGAAGGUCAACCCGGAACCCCAGAAAAACCUCUCUCUGAUUUAGGCCGCGUUUCGUAUCAUGCAUACUGGCGAUCGGUUGUAUUAGACUAUUUGUAUCACAACAGGAACCGAUCCAUCUCACUGAGAACAAUUUCACAUGAAACAGGUAUUGUGAUUGCAGAUGUGGCACUAGCUUUUCAACUGUUAAAUUUCAUUAGAUACAUAAAGAUAGUGAAAGGUGCAGUUAAAUUGUAUCAACCUGUAAUAUGCGUCGAUUGGAAUGUAGUUGAGAUGCAUUACCAACGAAGUUUGCUGUCAAAAACCAGACGUACUAUAGACAAAGAGUGCUUACGGUGGACGCCACUGUUAUCGAGCGUGCCGUUUUUUAUCGACAAUGAUGCCCUACCUGACACCUCACCGGUGACCGACAAACGAUUGAAGCAGGAGAGGGGCGAUGAAGUUGUUAAAACUCCUGAGCCAGACAAUAGCAAACAUCCAAUUUCGGUUGUAGCAGCCCUGCAAAGCGAUGUUUGCGAAGAGUUCAGGGGAGUGAAAAAACGAGGUAAACGAUAUUCAUCUAUCAGGUCUCCAAAAUUACCUAAGAAGCCUACACCAGAGAAACAAGCCGUAGUACCAGAUCCGCCUUUAGUUGAGGAAAGUAAAGUGGAGAAACCGUUGGCAAAUAUGUUGGAAGCAACAUCAUCCGGCCGAAAGCGAGUACGACCCAACAAAUUUAAUGAAACUACAUUUGAUACAGCCGGAGGCAAGCCAGUAGCAGCAGCUGAAGUUCCAAACUCAACUGGUGAGCAGAGUCACAGGAAACGAAGGCGAUCGGAGAAUAUCGAAAACAAUGUAAUUGAACCGAAGAAAACCCGUUUAACUUCCGAAAACAGUGAUACUCCUUCAGCAGAUCCUGUCAAACCUACGGCUUUGACCAGAAGAUCGAAGGAGCACCAUAUUGACAGUUUAAGGGAAGAAGAGUCUAAUUCCACGUUGGAUGUUAAAAGAAGAAGGCGUGUAUCGGACCGGCGAAUAUCAAAUCCACCUGAACCAGUAGCUAAUGUAGCAGAGUUGAGUGUUAACGAUCAAAAUAUGACUACUGACGAUGAAGUGCCUGUACGUGACAUGCAAAAGCAUAGUCCCCUACGAACUCCCGAAACGCCCCAAAAGAUGAAAAAGCGAGCUGUCCAGCGAUUUGGCAGUCGAAAUUCGAGCAGAAUAGCGGCAUCUUCUACUUGUGCAUCUAGUGCAGAUAGCGAUGGUCAAGUUGUUACGUCACCAAUUGCGAAAAAGCAUAUGACUCUACCUGAUGUUUUCCAAGCGAAAUCAGUUUCACAAGAUAAGAAAGAAGAUAAUCCGUGUGAUACGGAUUCCCAACAUGAAACAACAACCCCAACCAAAUCACGUUUAGAGUCUGAGAAGCCAAAAAAUGUGUCUCCCAAGGACAUGAAAGUACGAAGUAGCAAGAGUAGAAAUUUGAGCUCAUCCAGCGAGUUGUCAUCUGGCGAAGCUGACGAUGAAAUGGAAGAUGAAGUUGUGAACAAAGACAAAUCGCGCAAAUCACCUUCCAGGGAUCUGUUUUUACGAGAUACCCAACGUGAAAAUGAAGCAGAUCAAGAUAAUAAAGGAUGUGCCAGUAGUCCGAAGGACACAGCAAUGGUGGUAGAUGAACAACAGGAGCCAUUUCAGGAGAGCAGUGAAACAGUACAAGAGCCUAUCGCACAAAGCUGUGAAGAUCCCGGGACGGAAUCGGAUAACAGUACAAUAGAGGAUGUUCAAGAUCUUGCUUCAGAUAACAACACGAAAGGUAGUGAACAUUCAGCUGAACUGAACCCUGCUGAAUCUGAAAACGAACGAACACCCAACAAGCAAAAGCAAGAAGCUGCCGAACCAGUUGAUUUAUGCGAAACUCACAAUAAGGAUGAAAACGAAGGCAAAACUUUCGACGAAACGAAGCCUUCAGAAGUGUGUUUUCCGCAAAUUGCUGAAGAGCCCACUGUAGCUGUAGCUGAUGUGACGGUGAGUCCUGAAACAAAAGCAAACACUUCAGUCGAAGAUGAAGUUCGUUUGAAUGCUGGUAACUUUUGUGAUAGUAAUGAUUCAGGCAAUAAUAACGAAAAAACACCAACUCCUGUAAAGGAACAAACGCAAGUAGACGAGCAAACUCCUAUAAUUGUACCGGAAAUAAGUUCAUUUAAUCAGACCGUAUCUUCUUGUGCAGAUUUGAAAAUGGAAGAUGUGGUCGAGGAGCAACUAUCGACGGUUGGAGAACAGAGUACAUCAGGUAACAAGAGUGACGACUUACCAAAGGAAUCAGCGAGAGAGUGCAAACCCAAUGAAACGAUAGAAAAGGAGAAUGACUUUCCUGUUGAACUCAGUGAAAAAAUUUCGGUUAUAACUGAGUCCAAACCGGGAUCAGGAGUUGGAUUAGAAGUGAGCAAAAAAAUGGAAGCAGAAACAAAAACCGAAGUACCGGCCAUAGGAAAUGCAGAAGCGGUACAUGAAACAAAUAUGGAUGUGUCGACAAGUCCUGCAAAAGAACCUCAACAGGUGAAUACGUUUUUUCCUUCUUUAAGCUCAAACACGGAGACAGGAAGCAGCAGCAGCAGUAGUAGUAGCAGCAAAAGUGGUAAUACAGCGAGUGUGUUGAAAAUCAACGAAAAUUAUGACAAGAAUAUGGAAUCUCGGAGGCCUAAGAUAAUUGUCGAUGUGAAAUCAACCAGUGAAACCCAACAAAAAGAACCUAAAAGUGAACAUUCCACGUAUGAUCUAACGGAAAGCAAAAUGAUUAUAAAUCAACAAUCCAAUGAGGCGAUAAUAAAAUCCGAUACGGAAGAAAGAGGAAAUAAUUCUUCGGACAACAUGGCGUGUGUCAGCACGAUAGAAGCGGCUGGAUCGCAUAAGAAGAAAUUUAUUAAAAAUGCUGCUGAGGAGGCUAACAAACAGUAUGCAGCGGAAGUACAACAGGCCAAAGAAAAAUCCGUUAUACAACAGUGUGAUGAUGUAAAAUGUUUUAACAUGCCGGCGACAGCAACGUCAGCUCCUACUGCCUUCAAUGUACGGGAUGAGCAAUUACCAUCAGCUAUCAAACCAGCGGACAUUAAAAAGGAGCCUUCUCCCACAAAGUUUCAAAAAAACGACAUGACUUGUCAGGCACAGCAACUAACCCAUAUUGGCACUGACAAAAUAAAAAAUCCCGAGUGUAUCAAAUCGACAGGCAUGAUCGACAGUCAGGCAAUUUAUGACGCUGUUCAAAAGGCAUGCACAGAACCGAAGAAAUUGAAAGACAAAUGUACUGGCGCCGAAGACUUAAAAAAGAGUAAAUCGGACAUUAAGAAAAUGCAAAACGCUUCAGUUAAGUCAGAAUCAAAAAACGAUACCAAAACAAGAGCCGAUCAAGAAAGUAGCAGUAAUCAGAGUUCCAAAAGGCCCGAAAGCACCAAAAAAGAUUCGACAAAAAUUUCUCCCUCGGGAGUUGUGAAUAGCUGCGCAAAGAGCGGAUUUGGUUCUGACCAAACCAAAACGAGCGUACAACAGCAAGAGAGUAUGAAAAUGGGUGGAAGUACUGCGAUUAGUAAUUCCAGGUCGGAAAAAUAUUCUGCAAAGCACAGUAUCCACGACGCAAAGACUAUUGAUUUGAAUAAAAUCACUCCUCAAUUUCCACCUAUCAACCAGUUGCCGAACUAUCACACCACUUCUCAAUAUUGGCAAUUAGAGCCAUAUUACCAAAGCUACAACCUAUCACAUCUGGAUGCUACUAACCAAAAGUCACCCAACAAGUUUCAUUUAGAUCUAGCUACAUCUAUGGCCUAUGGAAGCUUUUCUUCCAAUUUGUACCAAACUGCUUUUCAACAACACCAAGAACAGCAAUAUCAACAACAUCAACAAUCAUACCAAGCAAAGGAGCGUUCGAAUCAGCGAGCAGACAAGAAAAGCCAAUCAAAUCAAACUGCAACCAGCAAUAAUAUUGAUAUCAAUAAGCCCAAUAAAAAUUCAAAGGCAGUAGAUGAUCAAAAAUAUAACAAAAGUGGGGGUGGUAGUAGUGAGCACCAAACGCAACAGCACGUUAGUGGAGUCAACAUGACGGUCAAUGUAGAUGGAAAUUCAUGUGCCAAAUCUGGAAGUUCGUCGCAGUAUUCCGGUCAUAAUUCAAUGAAAGGAAGUUCAAAAAUCAAAAUGGAAAACAAAAGCAACGAUAAUUGUAUGAUAAGCAAGUCGAAUCUUGCGAAUCAGCAAAAUCAACAGCCGGCCCACACAAAUACAUCUCACCAGUCUGCUUCAUGUCAGAUGUUGGCAAUGCAGCAACAUCAACAGCAGCAGCAACAACAACAGGCACAUCACAAUCAACAAGUUUUAAACAAAGCUAUGCAACAACAAAUAGCUUCUAAUAAAGGAAACUAUUCAACCGAGGAGCUAAACCAUCAAGAGACUACUAAUACCAGUUCAAACAUGUCUGCUACAGAUCUCAAGCAGGGUGGUAGCAACCAAGAAGUGCAAUCUAUCGGAGUUUAUACGCCUGAUUCAACGACUAAUUCUGUGCACAGUUUGCAUCAAUAUGGGCAAUGUGAUUUAGAUGCUCAAUUGGGUUUAGAAUCUCCCGCAAGCAUAUCGAGUGAUAUGACAGCUCAAAAUUCCGUUGAAAGCAUAAGACCAUCCAGUGUUGCGCCACAUCAGGUCAAUCAAUACUCGGAUUGUUCGAUACAACAGCAACAACAUCAAACGCAAAUGCAACAACAGAUGCAAAAUAUGCAUACCCACGUUCCCGCAUCCAGUCCACAGCAGCAAUCGAUGGCUAUUAUCAAUAAUAACCCAAACAUUGACAAUACCAACAGUGGGGGAGGUCGUGGUAAGGUUCAACAGCAACAAUUACAAAACCAAAACACUCGUAAUUCAAGCACCAAUCGAUCUUCGACUCCUAAGGUUAGCAGAAAUACAGCAACUCCUGUCAACAAUCAUCAGCAACAGCAGCAGCAACAACAGCGUCAUCAUAAUCGAGCGACUCCACCGGUAGGUAAUGCCAUCCAACCCUUAACAAGUCCAGGGCUUCAUCACCAACAAUCACAACAACAGGCUAUGCAGCAACAAAAUGUUUCUCAGCAACAGCAACAACAACAGCAGCAUCAACAUCAGUUGGCAUUGCAGCAGCAAAUGCAUCAAUCAUAUGGACAUAUUACGGGAUCAACACUUAACCAUCAAAAUCAUUCACAAAAUAUGCACCAAUCGGGGUAUAUCACAUCACAAUUAGGAAUCUCUAGUCAAGCAUAUCCUCAAUCGCCAACAUCUUAUGGCAGUGUCCCGAUGACAACUGUAAUUCAGCAUCGUAUGACUGGUAACCAUACAAGCCUUGCAACACCGAAUAGCCUUCACAGUCCACAUCAACGUUUAGGACCGUCGCCUUCUUCUUGUGCAGUAUCGUCUGCCAAUAAUUUCUAUAUUCAAACUGGAAAUGUUAGUCAUCCACAGUCCCACACACCCAUACCAGCGCCUACCCCAACACCUACUCCAACGCCUACCCCUACGCCGCAAAUGGAUAAUUCAUGUCAGGCUGGCAAUAUACAAGGCACGGUCAGUCAAGGUAAUGUGAUACAAGGUUCCUUGUCAUGCUUGACUAAAUUGCAACAGCUGACAACGAGUGUAGAUAUGGUCGGAUCAUCUUGCAACACACCUCCGGCAGGUGCAGUCAACAUCACUCCACCUCCAAAUCAUCACUCUCAUGUUGGUGGUUCAAUUACUCCCUCGCCUUCUUCCCACAUGACGAAUCAAAAUGCUGUGCGUAAUAUUUCCACACCGCCAGCAUCUAUUCAAGCUCAAAUGCCAUCGUUAAACUACCACAAGUACUAUACAGGAUCACAAAACAGUGGAGGUCGCUUGGCGCGGAAUACUGCAUCUGCACCCAUUCAACACAUGAGCAAUAGUUCGAGUCGAGUUAGUCCCAAUGUUGCAAUAAAUCCCAAUCUAAUGUCACCAUAUAGUACAUUAAACACGUACCGCAUGUCCGCAGCUCAACCGACGUCUACAGGAGGCUACAUCACAAAUCCCGCCGCAGGUUUUAUCAACAAUGCCACGCAAAUUCCCGUUCAAAUGGGGGUUAUGAACAUGCAAUCACAAUAUCAGGACCCAUCGGCAAUCCAACGAGCGCAACAAAAUUCCAUGUACCCUGCAUAUUCGCCUUAUCUACCAGCCAUGAGGCGAUAGAAAAGCGACAAAGUGCAACAUCGUUAACAGUUAAUUGUUUGGUGCCUAGUUAAUUGUAGUUUUGAAUGAUUUUGUAAAAUUAAAAUGGUUUUUGAACUUCUAUUUUAUCUCACCUUUCUGUUAUGCAACACACCCAAGAUUGUGAAACUUGCGAGCAAAAAAUGUUUGUUUUUAAAUGUUUUAGUUACAGAUUGUUCUAAGUAGAUUCAAAAGACAGCGCGAAAUAUAAGCAAUACGUGAUACAUUUCCGAAAAUAUUUGAACAGUUAAAUGUUAAUGCAUUAUUGUAAACAGUCUCAGAUUUUUCUUGGUAUGACAAAUGUUUCCAAUUUACAUUAUGCGUCAUACGUCCUAGAAUGAACUACCAUGUUCAAGUUAUUCAGAGUAUUACGUUUAUUUAGUCAUGUUGGUAUUAGAAAUACAGUUGCAAUGCCCCGGGUCAAUUUACUUGCUCUUCAUAGGUAGUACCAUUGGCGUUCUUCUCAGGUGCAUAGAAUUCGGUGGUUCCGUACUGUAUUACACUUAUUUUGUCGGAGGCGCUGGAGUAUUUCCAACUUGAUCGAUUCAAUUUGUGCCCAAAAGCUCUAUGCAAGACGCUGAUUCAAAUGCCAGAGUUUUGGCUCCCCUGGAGAAUUUUUACAGCUCACUAUUAUUACCACGUCACUGAAUCCGUGGAGAUGGAUCCAGAGACGACAGGGUCACGAGUGACUUUUCCCACUCCUCCCAUGAGAUAAUCCGUCUGGGAAGCAUUCACUUACUUGGAGAAGUAUCGGUAUGUACUUUAUUAUGAUUGCAUUCACAGUCCUUCCGCAGCUGUUUCUGUUCUGGAAUCUUACUCCUACUUCCCUACAGGCCUGGAACUUGGCUCCAGUCAUCAACUCUAGGAGGUUGAUUUUCUCUUUUUGUGUACCGGAAACAGCAAGGAAUAAGGCUUGAGCUUCAAAUUGGGAAUUAAUUUUCCCGGAUCUCCUUCCAGGGAGUAUACUGUUGAUCUGCUGCUUGGUUCCAAAAUUCUCUGUGGCCAGAGAAAUCUGGGCUUUGCAGUUUUGGUCCAAUAAGUUCAUCAGCGAUGGCCUCGUCACUGAAGCCGAUCACAGUGGAAAAUUGCGUUUUGUACACCGCACUAGUCUUACAUAUGUAACUCAGGAUCUGGGGAUGAUCGUCAUUCCUGUCGCUUCAUCUUUGGCGACCUCUGUGAAACCACGUUCAUAUUCGUGUUGCUGAUGUUGCUUGCGCCGUUCCUUGAUGCGUUGCACGAACCGUUCAAAAUCCGAUGACGUCUUCUUUGCAUGAGUCCACCUUCUUCUGUUUCGUCUCUGCAAAUAUCUGGUCAGUGAUUUUCAUGUCUUCGUUCGUACGUUUCUUUUAUUUUUUAUGGCACUGCAACGUAUUUUUCGAUCUGUAUUGAGGACCUGCCAUAUUGACGAAAAUAGUAAAGCUGGAAGCGUCGGGUACUCAUCGGCAUUCCCCAAUGAAUCGUACCGUAUUUCGGUGAAGAUUGGAAACUACUCUAACUGUUACUGAAUCCAAUAUUUUUUGAAGCAAACGUUCGCAUUUUUUGUAAAAUUUGAGCGCUGUGACGCUUUAAGCACAUAGCAGAGCAGGUAAUCCAUUGCUGAUCACCCGUCCAUUAGCCAUUUUGUUGUUGCGCUUCAAUCUUUUCUCUCAGCGGCACAUGUAUGAUUGAUCUCAAAAUUUAAACCCUGCAGUUAGACCCUCAUUUGGGAAAGUCGUUAUGUUUCUGACAGGUGCAACUGCUGAAAUAAUUUAAAAUAAACUAUUUCCAGAUAGAACUACCCUUAUUCUUGUUUACGAACGAAUCCACUUUCAAACAAAAAUCAUAGGCCAUCGAAAUCAAAAAAAGGGAAUGGGUCAGGCUAGAUCGAAAGCUACAUUAAUCGCAAACAAGAAUAGGAAUUUACGUGUACAAUUUAUAUUAAUACCAGUUGAUACAAAAAGUGUACUGUAAUAAUAAAACCCUGUUUUGUAAAAAUAAGAACUAGGGCUGUUGUUGUAGAUGUUAAAUUUUUAAGAAACUAUGAUUAUAUAAGCGUACUGAUAAGGUAUGAUUGUAGCAGGUAUGAAUACAGAAAUACAAAUGUAUUUAUUUCGGAACUUUAUUGUUUCAAUUUUGUUGACCAUUGUAACGGUUUUCUCGACAAAAAUAUUAAAGCUAUACUUCAAUUUUUCCACAAA